AAUUCCACUGUGGAAUUGAGGGAACGACAAUGGAGUCAUCAUCUGCAAAACCCUCGGUGGGCCCACCUCCCAAUCCCCUUCUCCCCCUCUCCACCUUCUUCCACCGAGUGAGCACUCAGCUCGCUACUCGGCUCGACGACGCCAAGCGGUUCGCCGGAGCUUCUCUGCCGGCGUUCCUGCCUCCGCCUCCACUGCCGAGGUUAUCUCUGCCUUUCGCCUCCGUUUCUCAGCGCCAGGGGAAGCAAGCGGCCGCAACGGAGGCGUCGCUCAAUUCGGCGCAUGUAGCGAGGAGGCUCUCCGGAACUUCGGUCUACACGGUGAGCAACACGAACAACGAAUUCGUGUUGGUUUCUGAUCCUGAAGGCGUCAAGUCUAUCGGGUUGCUUUGUUUUCGGAGAGAAGACGCCGAAGCUUUUCUAGCUCAGGUAAGAUCAAGGAGAGGGGAAGUGAAAGGCGGGGUGAAGGUGGUACCGAUAACUCUUGACCAGGUCUAUAUGUUGAAAGUUGAAGGGAUAGCAUUCCGGUUUUUACCUGAUCCUGUUCAAAUUAAGAAUGCAUUGGAGAUAAGAGCAUCAGAUGUCAAGACUGGAUUUGAUGGAGUUCCCGUUUUUCAGUCAGACCUCCUUGUCGUAAAGAAAAAGAACAAGCGCUAUUGCCCCAUUUAUUUUCAGAAGGAAGAUAUAGAGAAAGCACUGUCAACAGUAUCAAGGGCUUCCAGAGGACCGGGUCUUUCUCAGCACAUCUUGGUCGGGAGUUUAGAGGAUGUUCUUAGGAAAAUGGAGAUAAGUAAGAAGAACUCGGGCUGGGAAGACUUAAUAUUUAUUCCACCCGGUAAAAGCCAUUCCCAACACAUUCAAGAGGUUGCGAAAGUAUAAAGAUUGAUCGCGGAACUUCCAUUUCACUAUACAGCAUAUAGGUGAGUAAAUGCAUGUUUGCAUUUUUGUCGAUAUGUGCUUAAUUUAAUCACUAAAGUCAUUCUGCAAAUCUUGGUCCCUCCGACCUCUGCCACGCAUGGCCAUACAAAGUUAUUAUGCCUUUCCUGUCCAGCGAUUAUAGACUAACUUUCGAACUGAGAACCGAGUUCCCAUUUUGUAGGGCUUGGGAAGACUCCCACCAAAGCCUUUUCUUCUUUCCCUUGUAUCCUUAUAUUUGUUUAUUUAUAUAUUUUUUAUCAGUUUUUCUCUUUUCUA